AAUGUUUUGUUGUCAAAAUAGAAAAAUCGAAUUUCCAGCACCGCUGCCGAAAUAGUGCUACCAAAUGAAGUGAAUUGUACGGUUUGCUGGCUUAAAAACGGUGCGCUGUGCUAGUGUGAAACAGUUCUCAGCCGAGGAAAUCGAAGGAUUCAUACAAAAUGCCGGAGGAAGCGAUCAAAAAUGAAGGUGAAAUUGAAAACGUUCGAGUGGUCGUGCGGGUCCGGCCGAUGGACAAAAGCGAGCUCGACGUUGGCAGCCAAAAUGUAAUCAAGGUGGACAAAUCCAAUCGCAGCAUCACGGUCGUUAAGCCGAACGCAAACUCCAGCGAACCGCCCAAGGUGUACUACUUUGAUAACGUUUUCGGCGAGGAUUCGACACAGAUCGAUCUGUACGUGGACACUGCGCGCCCGAUCGUGGACAAGGUGCUGGAGGGCUACAAUGGUACCAUCCUGGCGUACGGGCAGACCGGCACCGGCAAAACGUACACGAUGUCGGGCAGUGCCGACUCGCCGCAGACCAAGGGCAUCAUCCCGAACACGUUCGCGCACAUCUUCGGGCACAUUGCGCGGGGCAAGGAGAACCAAAAGUUCCUCGUGCGCGUCAGCUACAUGGAGAUCUACAACGAGGAGGUGCGCGACCUGCUCGGCAAGGAGCUGAACAAGAGCCUGGAGGUGAAGGAGCGGGCCGACAUCGGCGUGUUCGUGAAGGAUCUGAGCGGGUACGUGGUGCACAAUGCGGACGAUCUGGACAACAUCAUGAAGCUGGGCAACAAGAACCGGGUCGUCGGCGCGACCAAGAUGAACUCGGAGUCGUCCCGCUCGCACGCGAUCUUCUCCAUCACGGUCGAGUCGAGCGAGACGGACGAGGCGGGCCGGCAGUACGUGCGCAUGGGCAAGCUGCAGCUGGUCGAUCUGGCCGGCUCGGAGCGCCAGAGCAAGACGCAAUCGUCCGGGCUGCGGCUGAAGGAGGCGACCAAGAUCAACCUGUCGCUUUCCGUGCUGGGCAACGUGAUCAGCGCGCUGGUGGACGGGAAGAGCACGCACAUCCCGUACCGCAACUCGAAGCUGACGCGCCUGCUGCAGGAUUCGCUCGGCGGCAACAGCAAAACGGUCAUGUGCGCCAGCAUCAGCCCGGCCGACUCGAACUACGUCGAGACGAUCUCGACGCUGCGGUACGCGUGCCGGGCGAAGAGCAUCCAGAAUCUGGCCCACAUCAACGAGGAGCCGAAGGAUGCGCUGCUGCGCCACUUCCAGGAGGAAAUCGAGGAGCUGAAGCGGCAGCUGGAGGAGGGCAUCUUUCAGCAGGGCAUCGAAAGCGGCGACGAGGAGGAGGAAGAGGACGGCGACGGGGAGGGCGAGGAUGAGGAGGACGCGGUGGAGGAGGAGUGCGAUCCGGACGCGGACCGGGAGCGCGAGCGGCUGGAGCGCAAGGAGAAGCAGCGCAAGGAGAAGGCCCGGGAGCGCAAGGAGAAGAGCGACGCGGAGAAGGAGCUGCUGGAGAAGAAGGCGAUGGAGAAUCAGCAGGAGCUGAAGAAGGCAAAAUCGGAACAGGAUCAGCUGCGGGCCAAGCUGUCCUCGCUGGAGAACAAAAUUCUGGUCGGCGGCGAAAAUCUGCUCGAGAAGGCGAAGGAGCAGGAGCUGCUGCUGGAAAACUCAAUCACCGAGCUGGAGCAGCGCACCAAGACGGAGCGCGAGCUGAAGGAAAAUCUGCAAAAGAUCGAGGCGGAGCGGAUCGACAUCGAGGAGCGGUACAGCUCGCUGCAGGAGGAGUGCGUCGGCAAAACGAAGAAGCUGCAGCGCGUCAUGUCCAUGCUGAUGAGCAUCAAGUCGGAGCUGGCCGACCAGCAGCAGGAGCAGCAGCGGGAAAAGGAGGGCAUCUACGAGAACAUACGCAGCCUGUCGCGCGAGCUAGCCCUCUGCGAGCUGGUCAUUAACUCGUACAUUCCGAAGGAGUAUCAGAGCAUGAUCGAGAAGUUUACGCACUGGAACGAGGACAUUGGCGAGUGGCAGCUCAAGUGCGUCGCGUACACGGGCAACAACAUGCGCAAAAACAUCCCCGAACCAAAGGUCAACACCAAAGAGACGGAUCUGAUCGACCUGUCGCACGUGUAUCUUAGCUACAACACGGACUCCGUGGCAGAGCCGAUCCGUGCCAAGACGGCCAGACCGCGCACGUCCGGCAUUGCCCGCCCGACCACGGCCAGGAAGUACUAUUAGAGCGCUUUGGCUGGGUUUGGAACGGGGCAUAUACUUCAAAUGAGGCUUUUUCUAUGCUUUCAUGGGAUGGUUUGGGAGGCAUAUACGUCACUUAACUUUAAACGAGAUACAACACAAGAUUUCAGCAAUCGUUUUCGCUAAUGGUGUGCCUCGUGAAAAUGCUUCCUCACCGUAUGGAGUGACGGAAGCUUGGCACUAAACGCACAACAGGCACCAACAACACACUCGCUUUACACUGAAACGUGCAAUUCGAUACUAGUCGCUUUACGUUCCGAACGGUGAACGAUGAUGGUCAGUAGUGGUAGUUUGAUUGUUGAUGAGUAGAUCCGGAGCGAACGAACGAAUAUGACCGUGGUGCGCCCGGCUAACCAAAAACCACACCACAACACAGGAGCGAGAGCUCACACCGGACCGUGCGGGCAAACCCGUUGGAGGUGGGUGCAAGUUAUUAUUUGAGGUAUUUUAUAUUACACAAGGUAUUUUUUGUUGACUGCAAGUUGACGCUUAUUGUUUCAGUAGCAUAUAUACCAGUGCGCACUUACUGUGCUGUGUUGCUUUACUGUAUGUAUAGCGCGCGUGAACCUUUAUUUAAACUAGACAAUGCUUACACAUGCCAGCCGCCAUGUCGGAAUGAUUUCAAACCAGCUACCAGACAUAGGAACGUAAAAUAGGGCCAAGGAUAGGGGCUUACAUCCUUGCGAGGUCUCAUGCCGGAACACGUAACUCGUUUUGAGUGAAUAUUUAAACAAAAUCAUUUAACAUUUUAAGUUUAGGAAGGAUGUAGGACAAACUAUCGCUUCAGCGUAUACUAAACAUGAGAAAUUAAAACUCACUCCCUUAAUUUCAUAGAUACAUCACGAGAUCGGUAACCAAAAACAACAGUCGUAGAACAAGAUUUUGCUGUGGUUGUGACAAUAUUUCCAGUAAUGUUUAGCCGAAAAAAUGAUAAUGGGAAACUUUAUUUUGUUAUGUACAGUGCAGGUACGAUUCCGUUUACGAUUUUAGGUAGUGUGGGCACACGACUUCCACUCAUCCACGAUUAUUAACGAUUUCAUUUGCACGCGCCUCUUUGUUGCAUUUAGUGGCAUUACACAAACUAAAGGACAACGUUCUACUUACACUAUUUUGUAUCGAGCAUUUCAACCAGCAAAAACCGUAGCGAACAAGGUCAACCCCAUCAUAACCAUCCCCCAGUCCACUCUUAGCCGGAUAGGAGGACGAGAGAAAAAGGAACGUAAAUAUGUAUUUUAUAGGCUAGUCACAGUUGCUUCAGUUUGGAAGCAAUACCGCUCACCCAUAAUCAAACUUACUACUCAAUGAGACAGUGUUUUUCCGCUUUAAGAAAGUUUAAGGCAACAAAACAUGACUUGGCAUAAGCACUAAACGCGAGGAACGUCACUUAGCAAGGGAUAAAAGAAACCUUUUUAUAGCGUUAUUUGCAAUUAAAACUAACAAUAAUACUCAACACAAACACAAACACUCACACACGAACAAACGUUUGCAUAUUUGUACUGUAGAUGGCAUUGAAAUACACUAGAAAAACGAUAAA